AUCUACACUCUUUCCCUACACGUCGCUCUUCCGAUCUGGUUUACUCGAGCAGAAAAAACUGAGGCUGAGGUCAUUCAUCUGGAUAAGUGGGGACGUUAUUACCGUAAUCUGGUCACAGUUGGUUUACUCAAGCAGAAAAAACUGUGGUUACUCGCUUGUAACCCUGCGCAAAAGCGUCUGCUAAGUAUUAAGUUGAAGGUCGGGAAAAAACUGAGGUUAUUCAUCUGGAUAAGUGGGGACAUUAUGUCU